GCCUUGCGCCGUCUACAGGCAGGAGGUUACUUUUUACCGGAAAUAUUUCGCGAGGAUGGUGGUGGAUAGUUGACGUUACCUGACAAGAUGCACAUAUGGUUUACGGUUGCUUCUGGCAACCCCUGCUAGAACGUUGUCCAAUGAAUUUUCUCCUAUCACUGACAGAUAUUUUAAGAAAUAGGUUGUGAAGAAACCACUCGCGUACGUCAAGACCUGAUCCAACCCACCGUAGGGAAUUUGGUAGUAUUAAACAAAACUCUUACAAAUAAUCAUGAUCAUCUUUACAUCUGUCGAGGUUAGCUAGCCUGUUGAGCGUGCAUGGAGUGAUCGUUUAGGUAGCUUAAGUCUUUAUGCUAGAGAGGAGUUGAUGUUCUGGUAUGAUUAUAUUAAGUGUAUGCGUUUCUGGCAUCUAAUAUAAAUUCGAUAAGUUAAUCAAGAAAUUGGGGCAAAUUAUCGAAAUUAUCUGAUGAUUUAUAAAGAAUGAAAACUCGUGAUUCUUCAGCACCGUUGCACGUUCACGUGCCAGAGACCUUACCUGUACAUAUCCACUUGAAGAGGAUUCAGUACUGCGCUAUUAAGAAGAAAGAGGUGAAAAUCAAGGGGGAUGUUGAGAACCAUGCAGCUGCCAGGGCGCAGACCAGACGGGAUGACGCAUACAAGUGGGAGUUGUCUGAUGAGGAUGACCAAGAGCAGAGGAAGCAUGGCGAGGCUAACAAAUAUGGCCGGAAGAUUGAUAGGCUAAUGAUGGAUGUUGGUUCUCCAAAGAAUGUGCUGAGGCUCUGGAAGAAUAAGCGUCUGCUGGAUCACCCGUCUGAGUAUCCUAGAGCAUGCCAGCGUGUCAUCAAUGAAGGGGAGCUGAUGGAGGAGGAGCUGCUGGAUCAAACCAAAGACCUUGACCUCAGAGGACAAGACAACAUCUUACCCCGACACUCCAUAAGAAAGUUGUGGGAGACUGGCCACUACAGGGCUGAUUUACGGAUUCUACAUGGGGAAAGAGACAAGCUACUGAGGAAGCUGGUUGAAGCAGAGAUUGAUGGGACGGCCGUGGCAACACAGUUGACAGCCCUGAAUGAGGCCAUGGGUAGCACGAAAAAGGACAAGCGGUUGUCUGAGGCGGAUGCUGCCCUGCUUAGUAGGCAACAGAAGUUGCUGAAAAAGAAGAUUGAAACAUUUGACAGCACAAACCGCUCUCUCAGGGAACUCCUUAGGGAGUGUAAUGAACGAGAGAUCGAAUUGCUGAAGAUGUCAGAUCCGAGGCAAGACCUACAGAAGAGACUGGCUGAUACAGAAGCAGAAAUAGUGUGUCUUACUGCAAAACUCAAGAACAAAGAGAAGGAAACCACACAGCUUGCAAAACAUUUGAAUUCUGAAAAGGAAAAUGUGAAAACCACUGUAGAGCUGUGUAAAGUUCUCGAGUGCUACAGCAGCCAGUUGAUUGUUCAGUUAAGCAACAAAGAGACGGAAAAUGACCGCCAGGCUGUUCAAAUUCAAGAGAUGGAGCAGACCCAGGAUCACCAACAGGAGAAGAUACAAGCCCUGCUGGAGGAGCUGGAGGACCUGAAACAACACAGUAAAAAGGUCAAAGAGACUCUGAAGCAGGCCAGCCAGACACUAAGGCAUAGGGCAAAGCGCAGUGAGGAUUCAGCCAGGCAGCUAUCUUCACAGCUGCUGGAGAAGGAGACUGAUUUGGCAGAGGCCCUUUCCUCAGCGGACAGUUGGUGUACUCGUCACUCCAAAGAGGGGACUCUUAAGAGCCAGCUCCAAGUGGAAAUCACUCGUCUCAGGAACCAUGUAACUGAGCUGACUGCCCUGAUCCACACUGUGAAGGAGAAAGGAUGUGCUGAUACGGAGGGGCUCCUGGAGCAGCUGCAUCGCCUCACAUCUGACAACUACACCAACAAACUGGACAACCAGAGACUAAAGACCACCCUUUCUGCUGCAAAGGAGAACCUGACACAGUCUCAGUCUGAAGCCCAGCAGCUGAAGAGCUUAGUUAAUAAGCUAGAGGACUGGGUGGAAAACUACAAGAGCAAGAGUGACUAUGUGCAGGUUCAGGUGGCUUGUUUGGAGUCAGAGGAGUACCGCUUAAAGGUGGAGAUCUCUGAGAAAAAUGCACGAGAGAAUAAAGCUGACCUGGAGAGAGAGACAAAGCAGGUCAGGAGUGAGCUGCUGGGACGUCUGAAGGAAUUGGAGCCUCUGUCUGGCAGGAUGAAAUGUUCUGAGUGGCUGCUGAGGGAGGCCCAGGGUCAGAUACGCACCCAGGAGAGGAGAAUCGCUGAGCAAAACAACGCCCUCUCUGAACUCAGAUACAAGGUGGAACAACAGGGAUGUUUGAUGGAGACUUUUCAAAAAAAGAAUUUGCUCUUGUUGGAGGAAAACCAAAAUUUCCAGCAGAAGAUAGAGAGCAUAGAGAGGGAACUAGAGCAGGCAAACAUGCAGAACAGAGGUAUGGUCCAGGAAACUGGAAAGCGUGAGGAGAUUAUCCAAAACACCCAAAAACAGUUGGAGGCACGGGACCGGGAGAGCUGGAGUCUCUCCAUGCAGCUGGAGCAGGCCCUUAAAGAUGGACAGGAACAGUGCCUGGAGUGGGCCUCAGUCAAAGACCGGUCCAUCCAGGUCAGUGCUCUGAACCUGGAGAGCCAGUUGAAACUAAGUAAGACAGAGCUUAUUCAGUUACGAAGAAGCAAAGAGGAUAUGCAGCUACGAUUCCAAAAUCAGUUGAAGAAUAUAAAGGAAAGACUGGAACAGUCCAAAUCUACUAACCUCAGUCUGAUAAAUUAUGUUACAUUUCUCAAAACGACAUAUAGUAAUGUGUUUGGUGACGCUGUGUUAUCAAGCUAUCUCAACACAAGUACAAACACUCACCAAUCUGAUUGAAUAUUCCUAGCAUUACAAAUCCGAUUCCAAAAAAGUUAAGACACUGUACAAUUGUGAAUCAAAACAAAAUGCAAUGAUGUGGAAGUUUC